UAAACAGACAGGAAGAAGGCGGUGACACUUCCUUUCUUGGGCGAGUUGGCGGAUAAGGAAAGUGGCACAAGGACGAUUAAAGUGAAUAUGGCCCCCAACACGCAACUGAAUGAAGCGGUGUCCAACGUAAAAAAGGGAAUUCGGGCAAUCCUGCUCGGACCCCCUGGUGCUGGGAAAGGAACACAGGUGAGUGAAUUAUGCUAACUUGCUAGCUUGCUUAGGAAGUGCAGGAAUGGGAGAUCGCUUGGCCGACACUGCCAACUAACUUUAUACACCUUGUCCUGAAGCUCAUUCUGAAUUGGCUUGCAUAGAUGGCCAUCUCUGCCAGCUUUACCAAGUCGCGUGUAAUGAAUUGAGUAGCUAAAUCAGACGAAUAAGGAAGUAUCAUAAAAGUUGUAAAUAGCUUGUUAACUAGUUAUGAGCGUCUGUCAAGUGGAAUGUAACUAUUUCCCUCUUGCCUCCCACUAUCUGGUGCUGGCCAGUUUGAUUGUGAGCUUGCAACACCUUGGCACACAGUCAGUGUGGUACUCGUCUCUGGAGUCGCAUGCCAACCGUUUGUGUGAAGGGUCCUAAAGAUAAGACGGCCCUUUCAACUAACUUUCAAUGUCACAUUAGGUGACUGUAUGCUAAUCAUACUCUCCAGCUGGCCAGAGCCAACUACUUUCACUUGAUCUAACCAUGUUCAAUGAAAACGUAUAGACUCUUUUGACUUCCCUGUCAAUAAGCUCAUUGUAGUUAUUAUUUAAUAUCUGGGGGUCUCUGGUCCAGGAGAGCAACAGGUUGUGCAAGGUUUUGUUAGAGGUAAUUUUGUCAGUUGUGUUUGGGCUGGAACAAAAGCUGGAACACCCUGCAGCUUCCCACGACCAUAGUUGGGGACUAAUGUACUUCCUUGCAGUCCUGUAUCCAGACUUCUUUCAUGGCUAUAGUGGCUGGAUAGCUGCACAGCAUAGCCUUGUAAAAAAACUCAGUGUGUACUGAACAAAAGUGUUUUAUUUGUUAAAAAAAUUUUUGCACAGGCCGGUAAAAUUACUGUAGGGGGCUUUAAGACGCAUACAUUUGGUCUGGCUUGGAAAUUCCAAGUAUUUAGUCAGUCUCCUGAGGGUUUGGUCUUUCUCUCAGUUGUGGAGCAACCUGAACAUCACUCUGUUGAAAUGUAAAAACAAAAUAUCAACAUGAUUGUGGCCUUGAAAUUACUGUACUGCACUGCAUGUGCUAUGGAGUUAAUUAUUCAACCCAAUUCUUUUUACUUUUCCAAAAGUGUCCCACACCCUCCCCACACACAUUCAGACAUUAGUCUCAUAUCAUGGGUGGAGGCUUUGUUGUUCAGUAGCUGAAGGGAUUUUGUGCUUCGACUGUGCCAAAAACAUGGAUGACAGCCAGCCAUUUAAUAUUCAGCAUGACUUUAAUGCUUUGAAGGGCUCCCACCUGUUGUAAUAGUUUGACAGGUUGGGAGGCGCAAAUGCUUUGCCAUACUCUUCUCUUCAGAGUUGUCAAGUUACGAUUUUUAAACAUGAGACGUGACUACAUAAAUGCUACACUUGUUGCCCUUAUAACAUUAGACUUUAUGCCAAUACCCUCCCUCUCUCCUCCCAGGCUCCUCGGUUGGCGGAGCAAUACUGCGUGUGUCAUCUGGCCACGGGGGACAUGCUGAGGGCCAUGGUGGCGUCUGGCUCUGAGCUCGGCAAGAGGCUCAAGGAGACCAUGGAUGCCGGGAAACUGGUAAGAUGUGUAGUGUGUUCAUAUGUUACUUCUGAACAUGUCUCUGUGUGCUCAUUUAAUAGGAAUGAAUCUGUUUUUGUGUCACUGGUGCUGUAGCUUAGUGGUAAUCAGAGAGCGGUUUACUUGGGCCUCUGUCCCAAUUGUGUGUUCUCAUGCAUUUUGUUUCACUGCUCAUCACUCGGUGAACUGUCAAAUUACUCAUAGGUCAGUGAUGAGAUGGUGGUAGAACUCAUAGAAAAGAACCUGGACACGCCUCCCUGUAAGAAGGGGUUCCUAUUGGAUGGAUUCCCCCGCACAGUGAAACAAGCAGAGAUGGUGAGGAUUGGUUGGCGCCUGACUCCAUUUUUCUGUCAAUCCCCAGAGCAAAAGUUUGUCUUGCUGUUAAUCAAGCAUAUGCAGUGAUGUAGUGGUAAAAAAAAAAGAUAGGUAAACUGUUACGCAACAUGAAAUAGGUGCGUAAACUGCAUUUACCCUCCACUAUACCACUGAGCAUAUGAACCUGUUUCCUACCUGCUCCCAUGUUUCAUGACUCCCUCUCUCUCCUAGCUGGAUGACUUGCUGGAGAAGCGCACAGAGAAGCUGGACUCUGUGAUUGAGUUCUCUGUCGAUGACUCCCUACUGGUGCGCAGGAUCUGUGGCAGGUAGGACCAAAUAUUCUGCGGUGCCCUGUGGUCUGAGCUAGUUAUUAUCGACCAUUUGUUGGACAAAUAAUGUUGCAGAGCCAUACCUCCCUCAUCCACAACAAACAAUGCUCUGUAUUGAGGACACGGCUUCAUACAGAGGUAAUGAUGUACCUAUAGUCCAUUCAAAUGGUGACAUCAGCAUGUCAAAAGGGGUUCUUUGUGUGACCAUGAUGGGAUAUAGUGUAAGCCUUUGAAGUAGGCUCUGAAGUGGGCCAAGGGCAGUGUGGGUGGCUUUGACGGAGGACAGGAGUAUUGUUGAAAUGGCCCACUAACCUUCUCCUCUCCCCCUCAGACUAAUUCACCAGCCUAGCGGUCGCUCCUACCACGAGGAGUUCAACCCACCCAAAGAUCCCAUGAAGGAUGACGUAAGUAUCUUGUCGAUGGACGUCCCCGUUCCUGAGUCUGGAUAUCCUACUUCUAUUGUAGAUCCCAAUCUGCUAACCAUGGGUGUUCAAAUGUGUUUCUGGGUCAACUUGCACUUCAAAAGUGUGUGUGAGUGCUCAAAGUGUUUGUGGGCAAACAUACACUUUUAACAAGUGUCUCUGUUUGUAAUAUGAAGAAAGCAGUGGCUCAUUUGCGAACAGUCUUUCACAAGUGUUGUGAAACACACUCCCUUGGCCAGGAGUUUCUCAGUGCUAGUGGCUUUGAGCGCUUGUUUCAUUUGAGUCAUUUAGCAGACGCGGUUAUCCAGAGCGACUUACAGUAGUGAGUGCAUACAUUUCAUACUUAUUUUUCUCCAUACUGGUCCCCCGUAGGAAUCGAACCCACAACCCUGGCGUUGCAAGCGCAAUGCUCAACCAACUGAGCCACAUGGGACCGUUUCAGAUGCUCAGCACAGAGAUGGCUUUCAAAACACAUGCAAGAGGGGCUACAUCUCUGUGGUGUACCCAGAGAGGUAGCUCAGUCCUACUGGCUUGGAAAACCUUCACAAGCCCUUCUGUGAUCAUCAUAGAUCCGACAGGACUGGAUUAGGAGAUAAUUUAAUAUGGCAGAAGAUGCAUUUGCCCAACUUGAGUGCUAGGGGGAGCCAUCACCAUAUUUCCUACACCUAUCCAAUUCUUUCAGAUCUUUGAACUCUUUAAGGUGUAGGGAGGAAGGGGGGAAAAAGAACUGACAAGAGAAAGAAAACAAAAUGGCCCUUUUCACUCAUGACCCCUAAUGUUGUUCUCUGUCCCCCAUCAGGUGACAGGGGAGCCGCUGAUGCGCCGCAGCGAUGACAAUGCGUCGACACUGGGCUCACGGCUGGAGGCCUACCACAGGCAGACGGUACCCCUGGUCAAGUACUACAGCGCCCGCGGCCUGCACAAGGCAGUCGACGCCGCCCAGUCCCCCGAUGUAGUCUUCGCCUCCAUCCUCGCCGCCUUCUCCUCGGCCACAGCCGCCACCUGUAAAGACCUGGUGCUCUUCGUCUAAGCUCCCUCCACCUCUCCUCACUCUCAGGACUCUCGUCCGUGCUCCUUUCGUCUAGCUUUCCAACUCUCCUCCUUAGUCUUUCCUUCACUCUCAAGACUAGUCUGUGCUCCGCUCUCCUCCCCCUCUUCGUCUCUGCUCUCCACUUUCUUCAUUCUGUGGUGGGGUGUCUCUCCCUUGUACUUGAAUGCUCUCCACUACUGGGACUUGAACACACUUCUCCUGGAAACUACAGAGACUUGAAUAGCUGGUUAUAAUGGAGUGUAUAAGAUAAGUGUAAUGUCCCCUUGGGUCAGGAAUACAUAUCAGUGGUAAUCAAAUACAUGUUUCUUUGUCACAUUCUUCGUGAACAGGUGUAAACUAACAGUGAAAUGCUUACUUAUGGGCCCUUCCCAACAAUGCAGAGAGAAAAAAGAUAA